AUGUCUGAUGUCGGCUGCGUUAACGCCUUCGUAGGCCUGCUAAUAGUGGCCGGAGAGGUGUGCGUGGGACUGUUGGAGUGGGUCAGCAGGCUUCGCACGAACGUUGUGACCGAUAAACGUCCACCGUGUCCGAACAUUGUGAUCGAUUUGCAGGAUGAUCAUCCAAUGAACGAUAAUAUUGACCGUUGGAAAUGA